AUGGCUUCCGAUCUCACCCUGUUUUGGUCCAAGGCCGACCGCUAUCUGAUGUCCACCGGCGUGCCUUUCUCGCCCGUUGUGAUCUCCAAGGCCCAGGGCACUAGACUCUUCACUACCGAUAAUCGCCAAAUCCUGGAUUUCACCUCGGGCCAAAUGAGCUCUCUCCUAGGCCAUUCACAUCCCGAAAUUGUCGAAGUGGUUCGAAAAUAUGUGGGCGAGUUGGACCACCUCAUCAGCAACAUGAUCACUCAACCCGUCGUCGAUUUGGCCGAACGGUUGGCUCAUCUUCUGCCGGCGCCGCUAGAAAAGUCUUUCUUUCUGAACACGGGUUCGGAGUCGACCGAGGCCGCAAUCAAGAUGGCCAAGCUAUACACCGGAAAAUUCGAGAUCGUCGCCUUGUCUGCGAGCUACCAUGGCUUAACGCAAGGCGCUGGCUCGGCGACCUACUCCGCCGGUCGCAAGAAUGGCGGUCCCACGAUGCCAGGUCAGCUCGCCUUUCCAGCUCCUUACGCCUAUCGCUCCAUCUUCCGCAAGUCGGAUGGUUCGUACGAUUGGGAGACAGAGUUGGACUUUGGCUGGUCGAUGAUUGAUCGCCAGAGCGUUGGCUCGCUGGCCGCCCUCAUCAUGGAGCCAAUACUAUCCACCGGUGGCAUCCUCGAUCUGCCGAAGGGGUACCUCAAGCGCAUGAGUGAAGAGUGUAAGAAGCGAGGAAUGCUGCUCAUUCUCGACGAAGCCCAGACUGGUGUGGGCCGUACCGGUCAAAUGUUUGCCUUCGAGCACGACGACGUCGUGCCCGACAUUUUGGCGCUGUCGAAGACCCUCGGCUGUGGUCUGCCGCUGGCCUCGGUCAGCACGACGGCGGAGAUUGAACGUGGCUGCAAGGAAGGCAAUUUCUUGUGGUUGACAACCCAUCUGAACGAUCCUCUCACGGCUGCCGUCGGAAACAAGGUGCUCGAAGUGGUAGAACGGGACAACCUCUGCCAAUGGGCAGCCGAACGGGGGGAGCAGCUUCGCGCAGGGUUGCUGAAACUUCAGUCAAAAUACUGGUGCAUUGGCGAUGUCCGCGGCCGCGGCCUUCUCCAGGGAGUCGAGAUCAUCGCCGACGCAGAGACCAGGGCCCCCGGGUCGGAUUUGGGACAAGAGGUCUCGGACCGCGCUAUGGUUCGCGGCCUCUCCUGCAACGUUGUUAAUCUACCAGGCAUGGGAGGCGUGUUCAGAUUAGCGCCUCCCGUCACAGUACGACCGGACGAGAUUGAGGAAGGGUUGGAGAUACUAGACGAGGCUUUCGGGUAUGUGCUUAAAACCCGGGAAUUGAAGAACUGA